ACCGAUGCGGCAGGCAUCGCCCCACGUUCGGAGGCCCACGGCAGUCGGGGCAUUACGCACAAAUCUCACCAAAGUGUCAAACGGAUUUUAAAAAUAAUAUAUCUGAAUAUAUAUUUGUAUAUCAGUCGUUCAAACAUUUUUUUUUCUCGAUCGCUGCAUGAACCUAACGAGCUGCGUGCUGCUCCAACAUCCUGAGUGUUAUUCAGAAUUAUUUAAACUGGAGGAAUACGAUGAGCUAUUAAGCUAUGUUUCACACACGUUCAAACUCUCCUCGGUUUUAAUUUAAAUGCAGGAUUAUAAGAAUAAUAACCAUUAUUAUUUUUAUUGAUUUAAAACAUUGUUCACACAAGCAGUGGACAUUCCUUGAAGACGUCACUGCGAGUCAGCUGAGAGACCCAGAGGGGCGCAAUAGCUGGGGGCGAUGCGUCACCUACCGACGUCCUGGUGGCUCCAGCAGCUGGGCCUGCCCGAGUACUCGCCCGCCCUGGAGCCUCACUUCGCCCACGUGGAGGAUCUGCUGCACCUAUCGGAAGCGCAGCUGCGCGACCUGGGCGUGCGUAACGCGGCCCACAGAGCACACAUCAUGUCCAGCAUCCGCUGCCUUCGCGCGCAGGUGCAGCGCAGAGAUCAUCUGAAGCCGAGGGCCAUGCAGUCGGUGGGCGGCCCGGCAAUGCUCUCCCGGCAGACGUCGCUCGGCUCGGCUGGCGACCUCAUCGUCGGCCGCAACCAUCACUGCCACCCUCAGCAGCUGGCGAGCGUGCGCGCCGCACAGGCCUACCCCACCACGCUGCACGGCACCCUGCCCCGGAAGAGGCCCGUGGGCCGCGCGGCGUCGUGCGGCGUCGAGCAGGAGCGGAGCCAGCCCUGGCUGCGGCAGAACCACUCCAGCCUCAUGCACAAGUCGGAGGGCUACGCUGAUUGUGUCAAGAUCCCCCACGCGCCGGGCACCGCCGCCGAGUGGGGCGCCGACCGCCUGAAGCGCGAGCUGGAGAGCGAGCUCAAGCUGGAGAGCGAGGACGUGCGCAGCCACGCGUGGUACCACGGCGCCAUCCCCCGGCAGGUGGCCGAGUCCCAGCUGGAGCGCGACGGCGACUUCCUGCUGCGCGACUCGCUGUCGGGCGCCGGCGGCCUGGUGCUGUCGUGCCGCUGGGCCGAGCGGCCGCUCCACUUCCGCGUCGAGCGCCGCACGCCCACCGCCGCCGCCGCGGCCCAGCAGCGCGCCUCCGGCGACGGCCACCACCGGCGCUCGCUCGGCGACUCCUACGCCAUCCAGCCCGGCGGCGACGGCUUCGGCAGCGUCCCGGCGCUCGUGCGCUUCUACGUCGGCAACCGGCAGCCCGUGGCGCCGGGCCAGCCGGGGCCCGGCGGGUUCGGGCCCGUGUGCAUCGCGCGGCCGGUGAACCGCGCCGUGCCGCUGGCGUACCUCGCCGCCGUUCACCGCGACGCGGCGCGGCUGGCGGAGCUGGCGGCUCACGGCGGCGCCGGCAGCGGCGGCGGCAGCAACAACAACAACAACAGCUGCGGCUUCGAUAGCUUCUACCGGCAGGAGAGGCCGGAGCGCCACGCGGGCUGCGCCGGGAACCACGGAGCCGGCGGCGCCGGCGGCUGCUGCUGCGGCGACGGCGGCGGCGGCGGUUGCGACGGCGGCGGCGUCAGGGGUCAUCAGGGGUCAUCGAAGCGUCAUCACCUGGCGGACGCGUCCUACAGGAACGGCAUGGUGUUUGAUUGGACGCAGGACGGAAGGGGAUCUGAACCGCACGCCCAGGGACAGACGCUGCCGGGAUACGGCACCGGGGCGGACAUCUGGCGGGACGGCCUUCGCAGGACCCCCACCUGGUCGCCCAAGGGCCUCCGGUCCGCGCAGCCGUCGGCGCGCGCCGACCCCUCCUGGACGUCGCCGCUGCCGCCGCCCGCCAACGGGCCGCUGGGGGCGGUCCCCGGUUUCGGCAAACACGCGGAGGAGCGGCUGGCGGGCGACUCGGAGCCGUACCACUCGCUCAUCUCGCCCCACAAGGUCUCGGAGGCCCUCGCCCGGGACGUGGCCGCCCUGCGGCUGGAGAGCGACGUCAACGCGGCCGCGGCCGCCGCGGCCGCCGCCAAGCAGAGCCUGCUGCCGCCGCCGCCGCCGCCGGCGGGCCCGGCGCGCGAGGCCUCGGCCGCGGGCGGCGGAGACGCCGGCGCCGCCGCGGCGUCGGCGGAGUUCCGCCGCCCCGCCGUGGAGACGGAGUCGGCGUUCCGGCCGCUGGAGUUCGCGUCGUUGCUGCUGCCGCCGGAGAACAAGCCGCUGGAGACGGGGGUGCUGCGGCGCGCCAAGGAGCUGCAGGGCGAGUGCGACGUGCGCACGGCCGCGCGCUGCAUCAUGCUGCUCGACUGCGAGGUGGCUCGCAUCACCGGGGUGACGGAGGAGCUCGUCCUGAAGAUGGGCGUGCGCUCCGGCCUGGAGCUGCUCACCCUGCCGCACGGACGGCGGCUCAGAGAAGACGUCAUCGAGCGGUUCCACGCGCUGGCGAUCGGCUUGGCCGUGGACGUGCUGGGCUGCACCGGCUGCCUGGAGGAGCGCGCCGAGCUGCUGCACCGCUACGUGCAGCUGGCGCUGGAGCUCCGCGGGCCGCUGGCGGACCUCUACGGAUUCUCCGCCGUCAUGCACGCGCUCAUGCUCCCGCAGGUGUCCCGUCUGGAGCGGACGUGGGAGGUGCUGCGCCGGGCCCACACGCAGAGCGCGGUCGCCUUCGAGAAGGAGCUCAAGCCCUUCCUGCUGGCGCUGCAGCAGGGCAAAGUGCGCGUCGACGCCCGGGACACCAGCGUCCCGCACCUCCUGCCGCUCGUCUCCCUCCUGGAGGAGCCGAUGCUGCCGGCGGAGCCGUCCGCCGCCGGCCCGGUGUGGUCGCCGCAGCCGGCGGAGAGGACCGGCUCGGGCGGCGACUGGGAGCGGGAGUGGGCGCGCGGCGCCGCCGCCGGCGAAGCGUGGGAGCAGCCGGGCGACGCGGGGAUGGAGGCGGUGGUGGCGCACCUGCAGGCCGGGCGGGAGAUGGCGCGCGACGCCGCCCUCUACUCCGCCAACGCCGAGCGCCGGCUGAGAGGAUUCUCGGUGGACCCCGCGACCCUGGAGACGUUCCGCACCGAGUUCCACCUGCGCCUGUACUGGGGCAGCCGCGGCUGCCGGGCCGAGCGCCACGAGCGGCUGCACAAGUUCCACCACAUCCUGUCGGCGCUGUCGGCGCGCCUCGAGUCUCCGCAACGCCACUCCGAGCUCUGACACGGCUCGGCAACGACGCCGGCGCUGGCUCCGGCACGACGGCACGGCUCGGAGGGAGGAGGAGGAGGACGAGGGUGACGUGGCAAAACGAUUUCCCCCGCC